GAAGGUUCCAACCACAGUGGGAAGCAGUCAUCUCCUCACAGUGGGACCUCAGAGCACAGCAGACUCUUCCUCGAGCCGGUGUGAGAAUCUAAAAAUCUUCAAUACGUGACCUUUUGAGUACUCGCUGCAGUGGCAUUGUCAUGGUUUCUCAGGGCCUCCAGAUCAUGGGUGUGCUGCUUGCCUUCAUCGGCUGGCUGGGCACCAUCAUCACCUGCGCCAUGCCCAUGUGGAGGGUCACCGCUUUCGUUGGGGCGAACAUCGUCACCGCCCAGGUGAUCUGGGAAGGCCUGUGGAUGACCUGCGUGGUCCAGAGCACGGGCCAGAUGCAAUGCAAGGUGUACGACUCCAUGCUCGCUCUCCCUCAGGACCUGCAGGCCGCCAGGGCCAUGGUGGUCAUCUCAGUUAUCGUCGGGGUGUUCGGCGUCCUCAUGGCCGUGGUGGGAGGAAAGUGCACCAAUUGCAUGGAGGACGAAGCGGCCAAAGCCAAAGCCUGCAUCGUGUCCGGAGUGAUCUUCAUAAUAGCCGCCUUGCUGAUCAUGGUCCCGGUGUCGUGGUCGGCUCACGCGGUUAUCCGGGACUUCUACAACCCACUGGUGAUUGCGGCUCAGAGGAGGGAACUCGGUGCUGCACUUUAUAUCGGCUGGGGCUCUGCUGGGCUGCUGCUGCUGGGAGGAGGUCUGCUUUGUAACAACUGCCCCCCGCAGAACAGCACAAGACACUUUCACCCCACCAAGUUCACCCCUGUUAGAGCUGCGUCUUCAAACGUUGACUAUGUGUGAGUGUUUUGGCUUGAACUGCAGCAUUACAUGUCUGGAAAUUCGUUAUACAAUUUGUUAAUUCUCUCUCAUUAACAGCUUGACAGAAAGAUCUGUUUCUUAGAAUUAGAAUUAGUUUUUUAGGAGUAUUUCAGCAGGACAUUUGUGUAUUUGGUUGAUCAAAUGUAUCUGAAAAUUUGAAUUUAUUUCUGAACUCUUGUAGCAAGACAACGACAAAAAACAGUGCCGUUAAGUAGCGUAAAUGGUUUUGUUGUUUGGGGGAAUGUUUCUCUGAAACAAUAGGCUGCUUCAGAAGAUAUGAAAAGAAAAAAAAAAAAAGUGCAGUAAGAGAUUUUUCUAAUAAAUAAUAUAGUGCUGAAAUCAGACUUUUUCUUGUAUGAUAUGAUCCCUGAAGAACUUCCAAAUGCAGGAAGUAAAGGCUCUUUGUCCAUGUUGCUUUCCAUUGUCUGCUCUGCACCUUCAGAAAACACGAAUGAAGCGGUUUCUCAAUAACUAUUUGGGACAAGGCACUUAGGAAUGCAGGGCGGUGGACUCUUGGUGAUUUAUUUACCAUUUGAGACGUUGCCGUGGUGUAAAACACAGCGCUUGUAUUAAGAUGAUUAUUUACAGUUUCGCUCUAGAGUAGAAUGGAUGUCACUGGCAGAGACGACAGCGCUCCGUGUAUGCUCGGAUUCCUGUUGCUUAGGAACCAUUUUACAUCCCCAAAGAAUGGGCAUUCACACUUUGCCCAGUGAGAGCACAUCUGCCAGUUCUUGUCAGAUUGAUAUAUUUUAAACCGAUUCAAUUGUUUGGUUUCUAAACUGACUUUCAAAUAAAACCAGUCUGAAACGAAAAACAUAUCACACCUGUAACUUUUUCCAUUUACUUUUACUCCGUAGCAAAACCCCUCAAAAUAGUAAGUAAAAGACAUUUUUAAAUUAUAGCAAGCACUUUGCAGAAUCCCACAGACUUUGCUAUAUGCAUCUUCGAUUAAUAUGUACAUUUUAAAAGCAACUUUGAUGUCUCAGCUGAACUGCUGCAAAAUUAAGCGGUUAUUUAGCCAAACAGCUUGACGACCUUUACAACAUAAAAUGAGCUAGUUCAAUAAUGCACUGUGCAACAAAUUAAAUUAACUACUGUAGUAAAUAGCAGUGUUCAAUAUUUGUCUCUAGAAUUUAGCAUUGAAAAACCAAAGCUUAGAUUUAUCCCUCAUUUAUGUUGCAUCAAACAACAAAUUGUGACAACAAUAUCUGUUGAUUAUCUGAAUGCAAAAAAAUGACAAAUGAUUCAAGUCUUUCAUAAGUUGUAAAUAAGAAACACAAGCAGUGACAGAAUUAGUAAUUAGUAUUGCAUUUAAUACACAAAAAACAUUUAAGAAACGAAUUGAGCUUCAAUCCGAACUCCAGGUCGCAUUAUGUCAACAUGGCACAUAAAUUAAAGCACACAAUGUCUUGCAUAAA